AUGGUGACUUGUUCACUAAGUUCUACGAGAGGAAUAAAUAUUAAGAGAUUCUCGUCAGUAUCCAGGCCUCAGGCGAGUGGACAAGUGAAAGCUAUUAACAAAACCUUGAAGGAUACUAUCAAAAAGAAGUUAGAUGAUGCCAAAGGUAGAUGGGUCGACGAGCUACCUCAAGUACUCUGGGCUCACACAGCAACGAGAAAUACUCCAUUCUCGCUAGAAUUUGGCUUGGAAGCAAUGUUAUCUAUGGAAGUUGUGAUCUUUGAGCUUGGAGGAAUGGAGAUGUUCAGAGAAGGAGGGUCCACAUCACGACCCCCAAUGCUGGAAGGUGCUAAUUACCCAUACUGUAAAACCAAAAUGCGAGCAUUCUUGAGGGCGGUUAAUGAAAGAGUUUGGAUGGCCAUAGAAGAUGGUUGGACAUGCCCAACGAUGAUGGAUAACGGUGUCACCAAACCAAAACCUACGAGCUUGUGGACUCCAGAUGAGAUGGAGAGGGCCAAUUUUAAUUCGAAGGCCAUGCAUGCUUUGUUCAAUGCAGUGUCCACAAAUCAAUUGAAGGUCAUUGCAAACUGUGAGAUGGCAAAAGAGGCUUGGGAAAAACUACGAAUUAAAAAUGAAGGAACGGAUGCUGUAAAGAAAUCCCGUCUUCGUGCUUUGGCAAAAGCGUUUGAAGAUUUAUCAAUGGAGGAAGAAGAAACGGUGGCUGAGUUCCAUGCUAAAUUGUGUGACAUAUCAAAUGAAUCUUAUGCUUUGGGAAAGACUUAUUCAAAUGCAAAGCUGGUUCGUAAAGUCCUUGGAGUUCUACCUAGGAGAUUUAUGUCUAAAGUAACCUCCAUUGAAGAAAUGAGAAACGUGGAGGAACUGGAUCUUGAUGAACUGAUUGGAUCCUUGCAGAAUUAUGAAAUGUCAUUAACAAGGUGGAAGAAAGAAAAAAAGAAGAAGGAUGUGAACAAAGAAAAAGGGGACAACAAUAUUGCGUUUAUUCACAAAGAAGAAAAGAAGUCUAUCCCAGAUUUGUCUGCUGGUUUCUCAGAUGAAGCUGUAGAUUUGCUGACCAAGAACUAUGCAAAAUUCUUGAAAAAGAAGUACAAGAAACUGUGUUCUGAAGGUAAGGAAAAUGCUUCCAAAAGAAAUCCUCUUGGGAACUUCUGGCAUGGUCAGCAACCCAGUGACAAUAAGAGCAUGCGCAUUCAGUGUAGAGAAUGUGAUGGGUUCGGACACAUUCAGGUCGAGUGUGCCAACACUCUCAAAAAGAAGAAAGCCCUUGUUGCCACCUGGAGCGAUAGUGACGAAGAAAAAGACUCUAUUGGAAGCAAAAGUUCUAAUGAGGAUAAACAGGUAGUGGCUUUCAUGGCUCAAAGUCAUCAGUCUGUUGAAUCUGAGGAUGAUGGAGUCUCUACUGUGUCUGAAGUCGAUAGUAAUGGAAGACAAAAUGCAUAUGAAGAGAUGUUUGCUCAGUGGGAAUAUAUGACCAUGCAAAUUAGAGGUCUGAAUAGUGCCAAGGAGCAGAUAGAGUCUGAAAAAGUCAAGCUGGAGGACACUGUUAAGAAUCUCAACAAACUUCUUGAUGAGAAGGACAAUGAGAUCUACAAGCUUUCAGCUGAACUCAUAAGAGCUAAACAGGCUUUAGAGUUUAUCCCUCCAGGAACGGCUGCCAUCAAUCAAACUCUUCAACUUCAAAAACCUUAUGGUGAUCGAACCUCUAUCGGAUACAAGAUGUUGUAUAAGCAAGUAGAUAACUUGGGGGUAGAAGAGUCCAUUACACCAGUGAUCAACCUAGACAAAAAGGAUGACAAGCAAUCAUCAUUUCCGUCGACACCUCAGUCCUCAAACCCCACUGGAAAAUUCCAUGUUCCAUCUGGACCUACCAAGGUGAAGUUAGAAGGAAGAAGAAUUGCCCCGGAGAAUAUAUCUCAGAUGGAGAGAUUCAUCCCAGUGUGUCACUUCUGUAACAGGAGGGGUCAUAUUCGACCCAGAUGCUAUAAGCUGCAGAACUACUUGAAAGCUAUGAUCAAUCGACCUAAGAGUUUUCAAAAACCCAAUAAAACUCGAAAGGAAGGAUCUCAAUGUGAGUGGAGAUUGAGGGCUGAUCGUGAAUCGAAUUUUGGGUUGGUAGCUCAAGUUUCACUGUCUGCAUUUCUGGAAGGACAGUUGUACUUGAAUAGUUGUUGCUCUCGACACAUGAUGGGCAACAAGAAAUUGUUAGUCAAUUACAAAGAAUCAAAGGAGGGAGCUGUCACUUUUGGUGAUGGAAAUAAGGGCCAUAUUAUUGGAAAAGGAGACUUUGUGAUGAGUAGAGCUGCACCUCUUACUGAAGUACUGUAUGUGAAAGGACUCAAGGCAAAUCUGAUAAGCAUCGGGAAGAGAUCUAGUGAUGGUAGUUAUUUGUUGGAUAAUGUUGUCCUAUGUAAUAGUGCAUCAUUGGAUAAAUCAGAUAUUGGAGACUUUAGUGCUAUUCCAAAAGUUUUAACCAAAAGAAAUAAGAGUGUUAAAUCAUCACCUCGUCUUUCAAGAUCUCAUUCACUAUUAUUAGUGCUAUGGUAUGGUCUUCUAAACUUUAUACUGUUGAAUCUUGGGUUUAAACAAAGAAAUGAUGAUGUUUUUGUCCUACUGUAUGCUGGUUUUGAUCAUGUUGUACAUCGUACUCCCUUGCUUCAAAAGAAAUAUGAUACACACAUGAUAUGUUGUCUAGUGUUCCUCAUUGCUUGUUUAUGUGUCUUCAUGUGUGAUAAUGAAAGUUCCACAAACAUUCCUCAAAAUGCACGUUGA